AUGCAUCUCGCAGCACUGAACUUGACUGACCUCAUGCUUGGACUCUGGCGUGGCACCCUGGACUGCGAUAAGGACGAUGAUCGGCAGACUUGGGACUGGGCAGUACUUCAGGGCGAUCUAUGGACUACACAUGGCUCUCUUGUCGCGGAUAUGCGACCUUUCCUCCCCGGUUCGUUUGACCGGCCUCCACGCAACCCCGCAGAGAAAAUUUCAAGUGGAUAUAAAGCCCAGGAGUUCUUGACAUACGUCUUCGGUCUUGGGCCUGCUCUAUUGCUCGGGACACUUCCGGACGAGUACUGGGUUCAUUUCUGCAAGCUCGUCAGAGGGCUGCGGCUCAUCAACCAGCGCAGCAUCUCGGAGGACGAUCUCACGUUGGCUUCUCAGCUCUUCCGCGAGUUCAUCGAGGAGUUUGAGGCACUCUACUACCAGUAUGACAAACACCGCCUUCACUUCUGUCGUCAGAGCAUUCACCUUCUCCGACAUAUCUGCGAAGAAAUCAUCCGAUUAGGGCCGCUCAUCUGCUACACCCAGUGGACUAUGGAGCGGACAAUAGGCAAUCUUGUCGAAGAAAUCCGUCAGCCAUCUAAUCCGUAUGCCAAUCUCGCGGUUCGUGGGCUCCGCCGCUGUCAAAUCAAUGCAUUGAAAGCCCUCGAUCCCGUAAAUUUCGAUCUCGACAAGUCAAAGAAAGGGCCACCACAAGGUGCCGAAGAACUCGGCGACGGUUAUACACUCCUACGUGCGCGCGAUCGAAGCUUCCACGUAUUGACCCCUGCUGAAACCACCGUCAUUCGCUCAUUUGUCGCAACGGCUCGAGGCGAGAACAUGGAUCACUGGGACCCCCAUUAUAGGCGGUGGGCUCGUCUUCGCCUACCCAAUGGGCAAAUCGCGCGUUCUGCUUACAAGGAGACACUGAAGGCGCCCAAGGAUGUCCGACAGUCGCGCAAUGUCAAGAUAUGCGUAGGCGAUCAAACAAUACUCGCUGAAGUGCAGUAUUUCUUCAGGGUACAGGUCUUGCGAGACGACGAUGAGCCGAGAGCACUGGCUCUUGUGAAGAAGUACUCCAAUCCGAACCGCCACAUUCUGGAGCGAUCGUCAGGAGCUGUCUGGGCGUGCACAGCAGCAGAAGACGGAGACUGGACUGUUGUCGAGGCCAAGUCAAUCCGGUCGGUCGUCGCGAUGUGUCCGAUGCCCCCAGCUGCACUAGCUCAAGCCAACAUGGCAACUGGUGUAUUCUUGGUGGAGAAACUGGGGCUCGACGUAAUGUACAUGGAUGGCACAACAGACGGUACAGGGGAGGAUGACGAGGACGAAGGAGGAGACAGACACGAUGAACAAGAUGGACAGUAG